UGCGCCUUCUGCUCUGUGGCUUCGAGGCGAUCGGGUAGCAGGAGUAGUAACAGCAAUUUUAUCGCUCCUUCCCGGAACGAUGCUUCGCAAGCGCUAUUCUGGGUUUCCCUAUUCGCAGUCUAUGGAAGAUGACUUGCAAGAACCCGCCUCAUUACGGUAUUUGAAUCAAAGGCGCAACCCACACCGACCAAAUGGAUGAUGUUUCGCCUCUUUCGCCCAGCUUACUUACAAUCUGCCCUAUAGCCUCCGAAUCGACGAGACAGCCCACAUACACGACCGUUGGUUCUAUAUACAACCCACAUGCGACUACUCCACUCCAGCCGCCUACCCGUCGCCCCAGAUCGCGUCGAUAUCCGGGUGCCAUACAGUCGCCAUCCGGCGAGCCUGUCUUCGGUUUCCCAAACAGCCUGCUGUCUGCUUUGCCAGUGGCGGACAGGGCUCCCAGUUCUCCAGCCCAGGCGAACCAGCUACCGCAAUAUUCGCCUCUCCAGCAGAAUUACGAUAGAGCAGUCAGCCCGGUGACCGAACAAAAGAUAGCCCUACUUGCAGGAAGAGGCAUGUCGGCCCCCAGCAUCAGAUCUGGCAAUUUACCGCCUCCUCCGUCUUAUGGUCUGGGAAUAUCUCUCGUCGAAAGGCAGGAAAGCACAGUCGUUAGCAAUGGUGAUAGUGCCCAUACUGAAGACUCAUUUCCACCGAUGCGAAUAACCGUAAAAGGACUCAACAGCUUGGCUUCAUACCCAAAUCCGGCGCAAAAGGCAGCCCAGCAAGCACUUGCCAAGGCCACUCGAACAGGCAAUUCUGGGAUCAGCCGUUCCGAAGCAAACUCAUCCAUCUCCUAUCUGACUUCGGAGUUCGGUGGUAGAGGACGCGUUGCUGGAACAUUUGGCUCAACCAUCAGUUCCGCCGGAAUACCUCAGCCACUGACAGCGGGCCCGCCAGGACAACGACAAUUCAGGCCAUCAGCACUUGAAGGCUCAGUCAAGGCACUCUACUUUGAUCAAGACACCCCAUCCGAUUUCUCUACUUCUUUUGACCCCGGCUAUAAACAAAACUCGGCAUCAAACGCCGUGUUCUCCAACACCUUCAAUCACCUUUCCACUGGCGGACACGGUGAGCUAGUUAGGGGAACAGACCAGUCGGUGGUUAUGACCCAUCAAACUGGAUUCCACAGCAGCCACGUCGCCCAUCUCACUGUCAAUACCAAACCUCUCAGCACUUCUAGCAUACAUCCAGAUGCUGUGGAUUCCAAGAAUACCAGCGAUACACUGCCCUUUGAGAAAGCCCAGGCUUAUUAUCCCCAAGGGUUCCCCCUUGACUAUACCAGGCACUAUACUCCGGUGGACGAAUUCUGGCACGAGAACCCCCCAGCUCAGGUAACAAGGAUUUACCAGCAGUCCACAGAGUCGACAUCCGAGCGGAAAGACAGGAUCAAUCGAAAUUUCUAUGCUGGCACAGAGGGGCUGGUUAAGGAUAUGGAGGGGGUGAUGCACGACCACGACCGUCGCUUCCUUGACAACAAAGUUGGCGUUAUAGGACAGGGUCGAGAGAGAUUCCGAACGAUGGGAAGCAAUGGCAAGGUACAGCCACCAUUUUUGACUGUGGCAGAGUCUAACAGUAUCGAAGACCGGGCUCACGCGGAGCCUCUUCUCAAUAUGGCAUUUGCAACACUGUUGACCUACAAGAAGGAGAGAGAGUCAGAUGCUCAUGGGAAGAGAGAUUGGCGAAGCGGUUUUGUCGCGGCCGACCCUGCAUGGAUUGACAACAGCGAGGAGGGUAACAAGAGCUUCUUUGAUACACCCAAAAGCGAGGCACCAGAGAAGAAGGUGGUUAAGAAAUCACGUCGCGGCUACUGAGUGGGUUGAUGUCGCAUUUCUUUCCAGCAGAGCCACUUUCGGGAAUAGAGAAUGAGGGGAAUAUUUCUCGGUCGUAUUCGGAUUGACUGGGGAGCAUUUUAUUCAUGGCCUCUUGACCUGAUACAAUAUGGGUUUGCUUUGGGACUGCCAGGGUCUAAUAGUGGACGUCCGUUGCUUUUGGGCUGAUACUGAAAUGGAUUUGAGGGAUCAUGACAUGAUCAACUGUUUUGGAGAUGCAGGACCUCAGAUCAUGGUCAAUUUUGGUUCGGAAGCCGAGGACCCUCGCACAGCGACUUUGCACAUUACUCGCCAAUAGCUUUGGGUUGUCUCUUCAUCCUUGAGCGAAACCCUACUACUACAUUUGCCUGCUAAACGUGAAUGCUAUUGCUGUUUAUUUAGCAUAUAUUUCACGACUCAUGACAGUAAGGACCAGUGAAUAA